UUGGUUCCAUGAGCCGUCAGUCUAAAAGCUACGCCUUCUAUUGGUUUACAUGACCUUUCCUUUUCCUCUUCACGUUGCCAGGGAGCCGUGGUAUUACGUUAGUAAGCCUUGGCGUAUUCCUGAACGUCCAUGUGCGCAGUUUACGUGGCGUAGGCCUUAGACUUGAUGUUCCCUGUACGGUGAAUACGUAGCUGGUGGGUGCUUGUUCUGAGAGCCACCCGGAGAGGAUUAUGGCAGUGGUACAGUUUCAGGCUUUGACAUUGUGAUCUCUGUGGUCGUUCUCCAUGAUGGAUAGAGCCAACGUUGCUAAGGAUCUCAUCCACAGGCAGAUUGGGGAAAGACAAGCUAGAAUCUUUCAGAGACGUCAUCAUGUAACAGAUCCGUUAAUUCGUCGCAUGGGGCUAGAAGCAGAGCUUCAGGGCCAUUCUGGUUGUGUCAAUUGUCUAGAAUGGAAUGAGAAGGGAGACUUGCUGGCCUCUGGCUCAGAUGAUCAGCACAUGAUGCUGUGGGAUCCUUUUUGCCACAAGAAAUUGUUGUCUAUGCACACAGGUCACACUGCCAACAUUUUUUCUGUUAAGUUCCUCCCACAUAGUGGAGAUCGUAUCUUGAUCACUGGAGCUGCAGAUGCCAAGGUUCAUGUCCAUGACAUUAACGCAAAGGAAACACUCCAUGUCUUUUCAGAACAUACCAACAGAGUGAAACGAGUUGCCACUGCCCCUAUGUGGCCAAACACUUUCUGGAGUGCAGCAGAGGAUGGCUUGAUCCGGCAGUAUGAUAUAAGGGAGAGUAGCACCCACUCUGAUGUUUUGAUUGAUUUAACGGAGUACUGUGGUCAGCUGGUGGAGGCAAAAUGUGUAAGCAUUAGUCCCCGAGACAACAACUGCUUGGCAGUAGGAGCCAGUGGGCCUUUUGUGAGACUGUAUGAUAUCCGCAUGAUCCACAGUCACAGAAAGAAUCUCCAGCAGACACAAACUGGGCUUCACACCUUUUGCUCAAGACAAAAACCCAUUCCUGAGGGAGCUGCACAGUAUUAUGUGGCGGGCCACCUUCCAGUCAAACUGCCAGAUUACAAUAACAGAUUGCGUGUUUUGGUGGCAACAUACGUAGCUUUCAGUCCUGAUGGCACUGAGCUGCUUGUCAACAUGGGAGGGGAGCAGGUUUACCUCUUUGACCUUACUUUCAAGCAAAGACCUUGUACAUUCCUGCUACCUAAAUCUCACCAUGCAUCUGGAGAAAUCCAGAAUGGCAAGACCUCGACCAAUGGACUCCAUCUUUACAGUAAUGGGAUCCGUGUGAGUGAUGCUAAGAACGUGGUCGGGUCAACAAAUGAUCUUCCACCACAUCUGGAAAAAGUAAAGCAGAAAGCUAAUGAUGCUUUUGCUCGUCAGCAGUGGAGCCAGGCAAUUGAACUUUAUAGCCAAGCCAUGCAGAGGGCGCCUCGCAGUGCUAUGUUGUUUGGGAAUCGGGCUGCAGCAUACAUGAAACGAAAGUGGGAUGGGGAUCACUAUGAUGCAUUGAGAGACUGCCUGCAAGCACUGGCACUGAAUCCUGCCCAUUUAAAAGCACACUUUCGUCUGGCACGCUGCCUGUUUGAGCUGCGCUAUGUGGCUGAAGCACUAGAUUGUUUAGAGGAAUUUAAAACAAAGUUUCCAGAACAAGCCCAAAGCAGUGCAUGUGAUGCUCUGGACAGGGACAUAAGGGUUGCCCUAUUCUCCAAAAAUGAAAAUCAUGAUAAAAAAGGAGGCUCUGUUCGCCUGCAAUCUGGAGGAAGGAAGGAUUCUCUCUCAGAAGAUGAGCUGCUGCUUAGAGAAAAAAGCUUGGACUAUAAGCAUAGAUAUUGUGGUCACUGUAACACCACUACAGACAUAAAAGAAGCUAGCUUUAUGGGAAGUAAUGCACAGUACAUAGUAAGUGGUUCAGAUGAUGGCUCGUUCUUUAUCUGGGAAAAGGAAACUUGCGCUCUGAUCCGGGUCCUCCAAGGUGAUGAAUCCAUUGUUAACUGUCUACAACCACAUCCAAGCUACUGCUUCUUGGCUACAAGUGGCAUUGAUCCUGUUGUCAGACUAUGGAGCCCACGUUCUGAGAGUGAAGGUUCAGACAAACGGGUAGUGCAAGACAUGGAGAGUGCUUGUCAAGCUAACCAAAGAAGAAUGAAUGCUGAUCCCCUGGAAGUAAUGCUUCUGAACAUGGGUUACAGAAUCACAGGACUGAGUGAAGGAGGUCCAGCAUCUGGCGGUGGAGGCUCAGAUGAUGAGGAUUCUUCUGAAGGACAAGUUCAGUGCCGGCCCAGCUAACCUUGACAGGAGUGAUAUGUGUGGGAUAUGGGGUGUACACACCUUUUAGAAAGACAAGCUUGACCAUAUUUUAAUGGCCACUCAUCUUGCUUUGAAAAAAUUAUUUACAGACCAAUGUACCUCAUAAUGACAAUGGCAGAAAAGGUGGAAGUACAGAAACAGUCCUUACACAUCAACACCACCACCGUAUAUAAGUUCUUGACUAACAACCAGGCUUUGACUCACCCCCAGGCAAAUAAGUUGGAUUCUGAUCUCUGCACAAACCACCCUCUUAUAUUUUCAUAGGAAUAAUUGAAGGACACUAAAAAGAGGUUUGGGCACUAUUUUUCUGGAUACCCAGCGCUUUAUUUCAAGAUUUACAAGUUGGACUAAACCUACAUCAUUUGAAGAUUAACUAUGAAUGCCAGAGGCAGCUAAGAGAAUUGCAGAAAUUUCUAUUAAUUAAAUUAUCAAGUGGUGUUUGGAGUGUUUGCCAGGGGGAUUAAUUUUGGUUAAGGUUACCUGCAGUGGUGUGGUAGGCUUUUGUUUCUAGAUAUCACCAUCUAGAAGCAUGGUCUGUUGAUAUUAUGCCUAGUUUUAUCUAAUGUGAAGAUCUCUUUUGAUGGUCUAGAAUAAUGUCUAGACCAAGCUAGUUGGCUUAAUACUAUAGGUUUGGAAUAAGGCUGCUCUAAGUUUGCCCUCUCACAAGAGUUUCCUGCUGCCAGCACCAUCUCUCCCUGACUUUUGAUUUUUCUAAUAGGGAAGCUGUAUUUGACUUGUGAGUGACUCUGCUCAAUUUGUAUUUGAUGUACAUCUACAAAUAAAAAAAAAGUUCUUUAUUUCUGAGGAGAAGCAGUAUGCAUU